AUGUGGUCUAAUAAGGCUGCAUCAUUCUUAUCUUGUUCAUCUGAAUUAGCCAGAACAUUGCGACAAUGCUUAAAAGAACCAUAUAGAAGCAAAGCUAUAAAAAGAUCUAGUCUGGAAGUAUAUCAAUCCAAUUUCUUAAAUGGUAUUAUUAUAUCAAGAGAAUUGCAAGAUAUCUUAGAAGAUGCAAUAGGAAAUUCUAAUAUACGAGUAACUUCAAAACAACAUAUAGAAAGUAAUGAUAAACUGGGGAAUUAA